AUGCAAGACGCCCUGUACCUCCCACCCCCGGCGUUCCCCGUUCAGCCGCAGCAGCAGCAUCGGCACCAGCAGCAGCAGCAGCAGCCCAAGUUCGAUGCGUUGGCAUCAGAGGAGAUUUCUCCGACCAUCAUGUCCGACCGUCGCAACUCGCACUUGUCUCCCAUGCCCCUACCUUUCGCGAGCGGGCACGUGUACGCUGAAGGGUUCUACGUUAAUUCUCCGCCAGUCGCGUUUUCGUCCAUGUUCGGUAGCGACGGGGCGCUGGACAAUAUAGAUGGUAACAAUCAGGAUGGUAGUACCGCUCUAGAUGGUAACAAUGCUACGACCGGUACGUCGAGAUUCGCCAAGGAGUGCGAGGUUGGCGAGAGCGGGAAGGCGGCUUCUGUAAUGGUGAUCGGGGAAGCUGGUAACGGGGACGAGGUGGACCGUGACAAUAACGAGAGUAGGAUGGCAGUGGGGGGUCUAGAGAACAUUUGGACUGACGAAUCGGAUAAAUUAGAGAACGUGGAGGAGAGGUUCGAGGGAAGGCUGGACGGCAAAUCGGAAGGGAGAUCGGAGGAGAGGGGUUUGGCGAGAGGGCGACGCGCGAGCGCGGGGAGGGAAAAAGACAUCGGCGAUGCGUACGGGCCGACAGCAGGGGCUGGAACGGGUUGUGAUUGGCCCACGUGGCCUGAGUACACUCCGGACGAAGCCAUCGGAGCUGAUUGGGCGGAGCUGCUGAAGGUCGACGACGAGGUGGUGGUGCCGUCGAAGCUGGAGACAGCACAAGAGGGAAGGCAGCAGGGCUCGUCGUCCUCCCUGCCAUGGGAACUGAGUUGCCCGCCGCCGCCGCCGCCGCAGCAGCAGCAGCAGCAGCAGCAGCAGCAGCAGCAGCAGCAGCAGAACCAGCAGCAGCACCAGCAUCAGCAGCAGGAGAACCAGCAACCACAUCAAAACCAGCAGCAACAGAGACAGCAGGAAGUAAAUCAGCAGCAGCAGCAGCAGCAGCAGCAGCAGCAGCGACACGACCUGCCCCCAUACCCGCCCUUCCACACCCCCUACACCUCCGCAGACCUCCCGUUCUCCCUGGUGGCCGUGCCAGGGAUGUACGCGCAGAUCCACCCGGGGGGAAGGGACCCUCUGCCCCUGCCGCCGCUGCCCCUGUCGCUGGGGGGCAUGCCUUGCGCCCUCCGCGUGGCUGCGCCCGCCUCCUCCGCUUGCACUGCUGGGAGCAGCGGUGGGACGGAUGCUGCAGCCGCUGCUGCAUCUGCUGCCGCAUCAGCUGCCGCCGCCACCGCUGCUGCAGCAGCUGCAGCAGCCGCGUCUGGUGGGGGGGCGGCGCCCACAGCAUCUCUGGGAGGGCGUGGAGGGGAAGGGGGGGCGACGAGCAGCGUGGGCGGGGGAGGGGGGUUCAGCAUGGGGGGCGGAGGCGGGGCAGGGGGGUUGAGCAGCGAUGGGAGUUCCGGCAAGCACCGCCUGCGGUGGACGCCAGAGCUGCAUGAGAAAUUCGUGGAGGCCGUCGCCAACCUGGGAGGGGCUGACAAGGCGACGCCCAAGGGAGUGCUGCGAGUGAUGGGCGUGCAGGGCCUCACCGUCUACCACGUCAAGAGCCACCUGCAGAAGUAUCGACUCGCCAAGUACCUUCCAGAUCCUUUGCCUUCCACACCCCGAGAAAAGGAGCCAAGGCCGGAGAGGGCAGAAAAAGCCCCCAAGCGUGUUGCUUCCGGAGUGUUUGCACCUACGCCUGUCACACUAGCUCCACCCCCCUUCCCUCCUGCCGCUGCUGCCGCUGCCGCUGCCGCCGCCACUGCCGCCGCUGCUGCAGCUACUGCUGCUACUGGUGCGGCUCCUGCUACUUCUGGUGCUGCUGCUGUGGCUGCCACUGCCGCUGCGGCCGCCACUGCGGCUGCUGGCUCUCUGGGUUUCCAGCCUGACGCUACAGACGGCGAGCCUUCGUCUCUCGACCCUGCUGUCAUCCGCAACAUCCCGAUCACAGAGGCACUGCGCAUGCAGAUGGAGGUGCAGAGGCGGCUGCACGAGCAGCUGGAGGUGCAGCGGCAGCUGCAGCUGAGGAUCGAGGCGCAGGGCAAGUACCUGCAGAAGAUCAUAGAGGAGCAGGCCAAGGCGAGUGGCAUGGUGGUGGCCAGUAGGUCGUCCACUGCCGGUGGGGCACUCACGUCUGCUCACCCCGCUGGCGCCUUGAAUGCGGGAGGAGCGGCGCAAGGAGGGGAAGGAGGGGUGACAGGCCGAGGAGUUGACGCGGGUUCAGUUCCUGCUUCUGCGGAGGCUGCUGCUGCUGUUGCUGCUGCCGGUGCUGCUGGUGCUGCAGCUGGUGGUGCCGCUGCUGCUGCUGCUGCUGCAGGUGCUGCCAGUCGUGGUGGGCUCUGUGGCUCAUCGGAGCAGGAGAGGGGUAGGAGGAAGAGGCGGAGGACGAGGGAGGUCAUUGUAGACGUGUGCGGGGAGAUGGAGGAGGAAGAGGGGUGUGGGGAGACAGAGGAGGUGGAUGAGAGUGCAGGUGAUGGUGACGAUGAUGGCGAUGGCAAUGGUGAUGGCGAUGGCAUUGGUGAUGGCGAUGGUGGUGCAGUGGAUGGAGGAAGAGGUAAGGAGAACGGAGAAGGUGCUUCUCUAGCGUUCGCUGCUGCCACUACUGGUGCUGCUGCUACUGCUGCUGCUGCUGGUGCUGCUGCUACUGCUGCUGCUGCUGGUGAUGGUGCUUGUUUUGGGUCGUCCGCUCCACCCUCUGCCCCCAUCACUCGCACGCAGCACCAUGCCAUGCCGCAUCCCCCACCAAGCCAUCCUCAGAGCAUGCACGCCGUGCCACACCCCGCUUCCACCCACGCCCAACACCACGCCAUGGCACCCCCCCCUCACUACCUCUACUCGAUCCCAGCGGGCAUGCAUGCCGGCAUGCAUGGGUAUCCCGCUCCGCCCAUGCCACAAGGUCAUGCCUCGCCAUACGUGUAUGCCGGAAUGCACCAUGCUGCCACCACGGGUGCUGCUCUUCAUUCCUCACCAUCGGGACACCCUUACCCCUUGGCUUUCGGCCCUCUUGCUGUGAUGCAGCCGCAGCAGCAACAGCAGCAAGAGAGUGAUCAACCUGCAUCGCAGCAGCAGCAGCAGCAGCAGCAGCAGCAGCAGCAGCAGCAGCAGCAGCAGCAGCAGCAGCAGCAGCAGCAGCAGGGAGGUGGUUUGAGCCAAGGUGGUGUGUCCAAUGCACCCACGCCCUUACUUUCUUGGGCUCGACCGGGCUCCAACCCUCUUGCUGUCGGCACUUCGUUGGCCAUGCUCUCUCCUAGAGACGCUGCAGCUGCUGCUGCUGCCGUGGCACAGCAAGAGUCAGCCGGUGCAGGUGCGGUAGGGGGGACAGGAGUAGGGGGAGGGUCGCAGCGGAAGCAAAAGAAGGUGCGGCAGCAGAGGCAUCAACAGCAGCAGCUGUCUGCAGUGGUUGCAGCUGGGAUGCUUGCAGGGAGGACGCAGUAUCACCAGCAGCAACAGCAACAGCAACAGCAGCAGCAGCAGCAGCAACAGUGA